CGCUAGUUUUCGCUGAGAGCGGCAAAGUGACCGAAGCUCGUUGUUAACUUUGCUUCCUUCUAUGGGGCUCUGCCGUCAUUCGUGGCACAGGAACAGCUGAAAAUGAUUGAUUUGGUGAAUGUGGUGCAUGCGAUAGCCUGCGUCGUGACUAUGCUGCAAUUCGUCACGGAAUUUGUUUUAUUGAAUGAAUUCAAAGAAUUCUGGUUAAAUGACUAUUGCAAAACUUGUCCUACCAUUCAAUUUUUGGGUAUUGCAGUUGCUUCUGUUCUGCAUAUCCAGUACGGUAACAUGCUACAGGAUGGUACCAUGAUACGAGUCUACACUGUGGGUUUGCUGGUCAGUAUAGCCCUAAUGUGUGCUAUCUAUUAUCGUAUCCUGUCAAAUUUUAGUAAAGCUAAGUAUAUGAUAGGAUACGGAGCCGCAGUGGCGUUAACCUGCGUGAUACUUUGCUAUGUGCGAUACGAGGAUCCAAAGGAGCUCGAGUUCCGAUUCGGAAUUAUACGAACGGUUGUGCAAUUACUGAUAAUUGCGCCGCCGUUGAUAUGCUUUGGUUUCAUAGGGGUAUGGCUUUGGGGACUAUCGUUUAUGCUCGGAUUUGCAGCGACGCUUUCAUGGAUGCUAUAUGGCAUACUACUCGGAAAUCACACUCUCGUGAUAGAAAAGAUUUCCGCAACAGUCAUCUACAUCUAUAUUUUUAUACACGUACUGACGUAAAAUUGGAGUCUUUUAGCUAUUUUUACGCUCCAUAUCAUAUCGCUAUUUAGUGAGCGACAUGAUUAUUAUUCAUUUCACGCAGGCAUGUAUGUACAAUAAAAAUGCUUUUAAUGCGAUUUGUUUUUUUGUUACUCGAAAACUAUA